UCAGGAAGAAGGAGGAAGCCACCGCGGCAAGAGCUGGCGAGAUAGCGGAGCGGCCGUCGUGGUAGAUUCGAGUCCGGCCGAGCUGCGAAUCCGGGAAACGGCUCCCCCUCCCCCACCCCGCUCUCAACGGUUUUUUCCUCUCAUAAACGUCGACAUGACGUACCCAGGGUUCGGAGCGUAUGGAGCUUACCGUGGGCAGGUGCCAAUGCAAAUGGCAAUGGGUCAGCCAGUUCCUGGAGGAGUGCAAAGUGUGGCCCAUGGUGGAUCUCCUGGCUAUUCUGUUUAUUCUGGUGCCUAUGCUGCAGCUGCUGCUGCUGAUCCCUUGUGGACAUUUUUCAGUGCUAUUGCUGGACAGGAUGGUGAAGUGGAUGCUGAGGAGCUACAGAGAUGUCUAACCCAGUCUGGAAUCAGUGGAACUUACUCUCCAUUCAGCUUGGAGACGUGCAGAAUUAUGAUAUCAAUGUUGGAUAGAGAGAAUACUGGGAAAAUGGGAUACAAUGAAUUUAAGGAACUCUGGGCCGCUCUCAGUGCUUGGAAACAAAAUUUCAUGAUGAUAGAUCAAGACCGAAGCGGAACUGUGGAACUUCAUGAAUUGACUCAAGUCAUUGUAGCUAUGGGUUAUAGGCUAAGCCCACAGACAUUAAUUGCUAUUGUAAAACGUUACAGCAAGAAUGGCAGAAUCUUUUUUGAUGACUAUGUGGCUUGCUGCGUGAAGCUUCGGGCUUUGACGGAUUUCUUUAGGAGAAGAGACAGCAUGCAACAGGGCAUUGUGAAUCUUGUAUACGAUGAUUUCUUGCAGUGCACCAUGGCUAUCUGAGUGCCAACUGUGGAAGAAAAUUCCAUGUAUAAUUUCAACUACUUUGAGAAAACUAACUGAAAAUGCUGUGAAAAUGAAGCUGCCAUUGAUUUUUCCACAUUUCUGCCUGCUAAUGCAUCAUUUCUGUAUAAAUAUAUUUGACUUUUAGUGUGUAGUUUGACAAUAAACAAAUGUUCACAUUUUACAGUAAUUCUUAGAAGUGUGCCAUUCUUUAUGCAUAUGGAUGGUAGACUUUUUAUAUUUUGGGAUUAUGCUCUCAGGAUUGAUAAGAGGAAACAAUCACAUUUCAUGUAAUGGUUAUAAACAGGGUUUAGUUUAUCUUAAAGUGCACUCCCCCCAAUACCUGCUGGCUUAAAUUGCAAUAAAGAUUAGCUGUAAUUGGCAUUCUAGUGUUCUACAACCUCAGUUGUUUCAUGUGCUGCACGCCUAUGAAAUAAUAAAUGCCUGGAAUAAAAAAGAAUUAGUAUUUGUCACAAGUACAAACUUAAAACAUAUUUCUUCUUCGGGAUGUUCAGUAGAUUUAUUUGACUGUAGACUAGUAUAACAUGUUCAUAGUGAAGAUUAUAUUUAAUGGUAGUUGAAAACUUUUUGUUUAACUAUUUUUAUCCUCUUGAAGAUGUAAUCCUCAGAAGAAUUCGUGUGCCUCUCUAGAGCACCCAUUUUUUCCUUUAAAUGUUUGAGGCUUCUUUCUUAGAUGUGUGAAAGAAAAAGUCCUAAUUGACCCUUUCUUGUUCUCAGCUAAAAUCCCCAUAUUAUUUGAACAAACUUGUGAACAAAUGCCUGAGCAGAUUGAUUACAGAAUCCAGCUCUGUGCAUCAUAUACAGUGCAUUGUAGUUACUACCAGAAACAAGGACAGUGUUGACUGCUUGGGAAGCUGUUGGAAUGAAGUAGCUUCUUGCAUGGUUGUGAUAAUUUCAGCCAGGCCAGCUUAUUGAUGCCAUUUUCUUUUUCUAGUAGCUACUAUUCUGCAAGUUUAACGUGUAAAUGGAUGCAUACCGGUGCUUUUUCUUUUACUAUUCAAGCCAAAUCUUGCAUCUGUUCAUUAUUUGUGAGCGUAGUGAAACUUCAAGUUAGGAUAGCAACACUUUCCAGGCUUUGAUCAAUGGGCUUGAUAACGUUUGGGUCUACAAGAUAUGUUGAGAUGAAUCUGCAGCCCAACCUUGUGAGCCGCUAUGCACGUGCUGCUGCCCCAGGUAGUAGGUGGGAGGGAGACAAGGUUAGGAUAGGGCUUUGUGCAGUUGCAGCAGCUGGCAUCAACCGAUGUACAACAAUAUAUUGUUUCCUCUGUGCUGCAAAGAGCACCAAGCAAGCUCUGAUGAAGAGGGCAGAAUUGGACAGCCCUCUGUAUUGUUAGGCCCCACUGGAAACAGCCAGAGGGUCUAUUCAGUGGUGCAUCCUUGUUGCCAUUUCUUGACAUGUUUGAUGGCAUGAUGAAAGCUGCAUGUUCAGACCAAUUUGCUCAGCCAAGGAUACAUUACUUAGCUGCCAAGGCACAAAUCCAGGUUAAUUCUGCCACUGCUAAACAUUUUAAGGGUCAGUUUGCCUAUUGUGAUUUUAAAAAAUUCUUGUGCUGAGAAAGAUUGUUUUUAGAAUGGAAUCAGUAAUGUAUGGAUUUAACACUUCAGUUGUUUAUGUCUUGCAGCAUCUACCCAUAGAAUCUCACUAGUAUAAUGGACUCUUUUCUAAAAGGAUCUUGCGUUAUCAUCCAGUCCCUGUAACUCGUAUUGGCAGUUUAAAAUCAAAGUUCUGAAAUCAUUGACACUCUUCGUAUGCAUAUUUUGCUGUUCACAAUUGUCGAGUAAUAGUUGUAGAUUAUUUGCAAUCUGCUGCGUAGCGAUUUUCGUACAUUCUGAAAUAACUGGAUACUGUUCUAACUGUACAAAUGUAGUAACUAUUUUCAGUGCCAUUCCAGGCAAUUGUUUGGAAAUAAACUUGGAACUCGCUUUA